ACUGUGGACAAUGAAUAGUUGUUUAAUAUGUUUUUGAUAUGUCGCACUAAAAUUCUAUAGAAUAGUUAUAUUAUAAUUAUAAAUAAAACUAGAUAAAUAAUUAGUGACCUUGAGCGUAAGCAAUACAGCUGUCAAAUAACCUAACCAAGAUUUUUGUAAACGAAAGAUGAAUACAAGAUUCUUUUGUGAACAUUUAUUAUAUUUAACGUAGAAAUAGAAAAUUUGUUGCGAUGGAUGAAGCCGUCACGCAUUAUAUAAAUUCCCACCCAGCUGAUGAGGGAGUGCAUGUGGAUAGCAAUGCUUUGGCACUGGCAUUGGUGCAGGAUGACGGUGGCAGUAGGGUGUCCAUCUUGCAGUCUCAAUCCUACUCCUCUUCACUCUGCAGUAGGCAGGUUACUCUGGCUGAUCAAGUUGGAGAUGGUCAGUGGAGUGAGGAGCUGGUGGAUCCAGACGGCAGGAUUGGGCGGUUGGCUGCCCUCAUGGCACAUUUCCAGGCCCAACAAUCUAAGGGGCCACCACAAUUACACCAUAAGGUGCAAACAGUGAGAGGCGAUGUGGACACAUCUAUCAUGCUUGAUAACUCUAUGAGGCUGUUCCAUGGUCAACCAAUGGAUCACUCUCCAGACUCAAUGGUAGUGGACGUUGCUCAGUUGCCUCCACUGCCACCUCUGCAGGACAUGAAGCGGUGCCAGGAGAAUGACUGGUUCAAUAAUAAGGCCAAAUCAUCACUUAAAGAUGAUUCAUCGAUGAUAGAUUCCGACGGGCCGGUGUUAGAGCUGGGCGCGGGCGCAUCACCUGGCCAUCACAAACACCAGAGCAAGAAAAGUCUUCCACACAAAAAGAGAAUUUCCAGGAAACUGAAGAAAAAUAAUGGCAACUGUACACCACAGCAGGAUCUGGUGGUGAUCAGCUGCACGGACGUGGAAGGCCGCAUCAGUUGCGCCGACCACAGCCAGGAGCAGGAGAUACUGCCCGACACCUUCGUGCCACAGGACCACAUCCCGGAGGAAACUCAUCAUAUUACACAUGAGGUCCGUCCGAUGUUUAUCUGCCAGCUGUGCGGCGAGUUCUACGGCGACGAGCAGUUGAAGUUCUACCAGCAUCUGAAGCAGCACUACGAACCUCACAUCAUCAUUGAGAACCCAGUACCUGAUCUAGGAAUUGAUAAGAUAACAAACUCGUGCAUCGUGGACAACGUGACCACAAUCCCCGACUCCAUAGUAGAACUGUCUCUAGAGAAUUCCAUACCAAAAACCAUGUACCAGCCUAUGGACAAACAAGUGCUUUACACGACAAGCGAUAAGACGUUCACGUACAGCAACAAUAAGGUGCAAUAUUCUAUGGCAAGCAUGGACAAGGAUCAGCCGAGCGUGGUACAGGAAGUCGAGAAAGCAGAUUUGUACGAAACCUUGGACAAACUGGAUCUGUAUACUUGUGGGAAGUGCAACAAGGCGUUUAGAAAACAGAAGCAAUGCGAGGCGCAUAUUAAGGAGGCACAUUCUAAUAUGAAGCUGGAGGACAUGGGCGAGUUCAGCGAGCCGGAGGACCUGAUGGAGGGCAUCCACGUGUCGGUGGAGGAGCAGGCCGAGCACUACGACCACCCACUCCUGCCGCACCUCACCAUCGAGAACGGGUACGCGCACCAGGACAACGCCAGGCACUGGUACGGCCGCAAUACAAACGGGACGGGCUCUAGUUCGGGUCCCCCGGCGACGAGCCAGGCGGGCCCCGGCGGCGGGGGGCCCGGCGGCGGGGGCCCGGCCGCCAACUGCUGCACUACUUGUACCACCGCUCCACAGGACACGCAGAAUGUUAAGAUGAUCAAAGACGAAAUACUCCGAAGGAUCUUAGAAUCGGAAGUAGCGAGUCCAAACUUCCCGAACAAUAUAAUGGCGGGGACGGGCGAGGGGCCCGCGAGUGACGCGGCGGAGCCCGAGCCGCCGGGGCCUGGCCCGCCGCCCCCCGCCGAGGACAAGGCGGAGCCCGACCCCAAGAAGAAGCAGAAGACGUUCGAGUGCCAGCAGUGCCAGCGAGUGUUCCAGCACAGGAACAGUUUGCUGUACCACGUGCUCUCUCACAGCGGGAAGCAACAUGUCUGCCGCGAGUGCGGGAAGGGAUUCUAUACCAUGGGAGCACUCAAGAUACACAAACGUGUCCACAACGGCGACCGUCCGUACAAGUGCGAGAUAUGCGGCCGCGACUUCCGACAGUGGAGCGAUCUCAAGUACCACAAGGUCUCCAUACAUUCCGACCAGAAAUCAUUCAAAUGUGAGUUCUGCGGUAAAGAUUUUGCCCGCAAGUACUCGCUGAACGUGCACCGGCGCAUCCACACGGGCGAGCGGAACUACCCGUGCGACUACUGCAACAAGACCUUCCGCGCCUCCUCCUACAGGCUCAGCCACAUGCGCACCCACACCGGGGACCGCCCCCACCAGUGCACCACCUGCGGAAAGGCAUUCCGGGUCCGCGGGGACCUGCGCAGGCAUCUCGCCACGCAUGACAAGCGCCCGCCUGACAAGCCUCGCCCCGCCAAACAAGACGAACACGCCGAAGAAGACAUCAAACUUGAAGUCUCCAAAAACAUUAAAAAGAUCGCCCUCGCCUCCACCGCCAAGUCCUCCAACAUUCUCAAGACCGCCGAGAAGAAACCUAAACCCAGUAAAAAGAACCAAAGCGCCAAGAAGGGCGCGCCCAACGUGACCAUAGACCAGCUGGACGACAGCUACACCAACAACGUCGAGCUCUGCGACACCAGGCAGGGGGGACACUACGCCAAGUACAGCGCCAAGGGGGGGCCGCCGGGGUACAAGCAGGAACAGGACCCCGCCUACGCCAAGCAGGGGCCCGGCCUCAAGCAGGAACACGAGCAGGAGAGGGAGUUCGCCAUCCUGCGCCCCAUGUACCGGGCCAACGUGGCCGACCCCAGCCACGACCCCGCGCCCGGCCACGACCCCGCCCCCUACCGCGCCGCCAACACGGACGGCAAGAUGCACGUGUACACGCACAUCGAGAAGCCCGCCUCGCAGGCACCCCUCUCCGACCUGCGCCCGCUCGACCGCGACGUAAGGUCUGAGCUGCGGUCCGACUUGCGGUCCGACAUGCGACCUGACUUGCACGGGGAGAGCGCGGAGAACGAGUUCAUCGAGCGACUGACGGCGCUGUACAACAUCCCGGCUGUGUGAGCCACUGUGAUACUGACUGCUAGUGCUAGGUACUGAUUCCACGACAGCAUUACCCUUGCUGCUGAGUUGAGGCGCUACUUGGCUCGUUUUAUAUUCGAUACAGGCAAAAUCGGAUACGACCUUGUAUCGUAAGACUAAUAUAUUUCUAAGACUGCUAUGAAAUACGAUUUUUCAUAUCCCUUUUUGCUAAAUAUUUAUAAAAAAAACGCUUAAUUUUUUAAUUUGUAAAUAUAAGAGUAACCGAGCUAAAGUCUAGGUGUGUACCAUGUAUCUUCCUGAGCUGUGUAGCGCCUAGAAGCGAUUAGUGGCAUACAAAUAACUUAGGACCAAAUUACGUCAAAUAAAAUUGAAUUACUUAUUAUAAAUUAUAAAUAUUAGAGUAGAUUUGUACUGCUUUGUUAGUAUUUAUUAGUAUUUUAUAUCGGCACGGGUCUUACAUGGGACAAAGUUAUGAACUUAAUACAAAUAUAUAGAUGUCCUGCUAGCAAUGCUAUCACAGCAGAAGUUUAUUAUUCUAGUUGAAUGACUUGAGAAAAGAUUUUAACUUCAGAAUAUUGUUACCGUUGAAACGUUAAUAUUUCACGUUACAAGAGCGCGACAUACAACAUGCGCGUGUGAUGUUACUACAAAGGGUCUAUAAAGAUAUACGUUUUGCAACAAACGUUGGUGUGAUAGUACAACAGCAAUAAAAUAGUUAUACAUUAUUUUUUGAUUGUGUCAGUGACUAUCUAAAUCGAAUGUUUGUGUUUCUAGAAGUCGAAAAUGAGUUCCAUCAAAUAUCUCAAACUACAUAAUAAUUAAUAUAUGAGAAGUCUAUCUUCUUAAAAAUAGAUAGAAGAAGUAUAUCUUCGGAAAUAAUUAAAGUCAUGCGCUAAAAUCUGUCUAGUACUUGCGCAAACAAAAUAUAUUUAUUUUGGUAACACAAACAUUCGACAUGAACGAUCACUAACACCAAUCAAUAAAUGAGGCCUUGUAAUAAACCGAAAUAUUAGCAGUUAGUCAAAAACGUUGUGUUAUUUAUAUAUUUAGAAAUGUUCUUAUUUAAUGAUCAAAUACACGUUAUGGAGAAUAUUUACUUAUAACAAAACUGAAAAGGUGACCUCUAAAAUGUACUGUAAAUACUAUGGAAUAAAAAUGUCUAGCAAUGUGCUGAAAUAAAAGACUGAAAAAUUAUUUAAUUGUUAAUGUAAUAUAACUUAGGCGUAAUGUUUUACUUAAUAUACUUAGUUAACGCAUAAUUUACCAUGGAAUAAUACAUUGUUGUUGGUAGUUGUAGUUGCAGUUGUGAUGACCUACAUGGAGACAUAUAUGGGAACUAUGAAAUACCUGGAUGUGAGCGAUCGAGACAGGGACCUCAGUUGCUAUGUAAUGUCGAGUAGUGUUCACAAACCUCAGGACAAAUGGCUCUAGUCAAUGUUUAUGUCCAAGUAACAAUAUCUUUUCAUACUUUUUGUACUAAACUAGAUUGAUGUUGAAGUAGACUGGCGACUGUACUAUAAGGAGCAGGCUUUGUCUCUUUGUCUCGGUCGCUUAACUCAACAGUACCAAUUUUAUUAUUGUACCUUUGCAGUUUAUACCCUAAUGCGGCUAACAAGGAUUCCUAAAUCAGGCUUAUCAAUCGAUGUAUGCAAGAAAUAGUUGUAAUACAAUUUUGUAAUAUAUUUCUUAACUUUUUAAAAACCAAAUUGUAUGUAAAUGUAUGUUUAAAAACUUAAGUGGGAGGUGCUCUAGUUAUUCGGGAUUCUACCGUAUAGAUCCCUGUUUCCAAUCGAAUGUCUAUAUUAAACCAAUCUUUUUGGUAUAACCAUCCUUAUGGUCAAAUGUUUUAUGACCCUACACCAGAAAUAGAAAGCUUCAGAUUAUUAUUAGAUCAAACAGAAUAGUUGAUACACAUUUUAAAAUACAUAUUUGUAAAUGCCUUUUAGUUUGAUCAUAAUAUUUUCCAAUGAUUUUCAAUACAGUCAUGCCACACACACACACACAAUUGAUUUUUUUUACAAUACUUUUCGGGAUAUUAUUAAUACUUGAACAAAUUCACGGUCUAUCUGUUGUCACGAUUGCUAAAACACACAUGUCUUUAACAAAACAGUUAAUUACCACAGUAAAAAAAUUGAGGCAAUUUCCUAAAUUCCUUUUUCUUUUCUCAGUUUCCUAUGUUCAGCAAUAUCCUGAUUCUUAUAAUUCAUUUUUACCUUCGAAAUAUGACCAUAUUCUCGCAGUGAAAUGUAUAGCUUUAUAAAAAUAAAUAAUAAUAAUGGUCACUCCAUUACAAAGUCUCCUCAAAUGUGUAGUUUUCUUUGUCCUAUGUCCUAAAAAUAAGGUUUCUUCCAUUAAAAUAAUUGUCUAAAUAUUUUAUGAUAGUGUCUUCAUUCAAUUAAUGAUCUAUCUACUACUAGCUAUGGUUGUUUCCAGCUGAUUAUUCAAUACUAUUGCAAUGUCCGAAAUGGUAAUUUUAUAUGAUUUUUUGUACUCAAGAUUGUAAUUUUGUUAGGAAACUAUAGUUGUACGGCGAGGUUUCUGCAACCAAUCAAAUGUUGUCAGUUAUGUGCGUGGUAUUGUACUUGAUACCCAUUUGUAUACCACAUAUGUAUAAAACCUCAUAUUCUGACGUAACUAUGGUUGCGCGACUCGUCGUGCGCUUAUGGUACUUUAAUGAAAAAAGUAAUUAAUGAUGGGCGCUUAAAGAUUCAUUCGUAUAAGUGGAAACAAUUUAUUUUUGAUUGAGGAAACAUUCCUAUUGGAUUAACAGCAACAUUUAGUCAGAAAAAUGCUUGUGAAACAGGACGCUGUAACCUAAUUUGUAAGAUGUCAUAAAGUGAUGGACAGCACUGUCAUAUUUCUUUGAGUCACAAAUGUGCUGUAGCCGCGAUGGCAUCACUGUAUAGCUAAAAUACUAAUUUACUUACUUACAGCAGAAACUAUAAUAACCACUUUUAAUAAUUAUUUUUUGCAGAAAUACUGUAGAACUGUAUACUUGCUUCUGUCAGCGGUUUCGUCCGCGUUAGUUUCGGUUGUUAUUUGUUAGUAGUAAUAGCGUCACAUUUAACGAAUCUAUACCUACCAUCAUAAUUCUUAUUAAAGAUCUUCCAGAUUAUAACAAAAACUAAUACUUAAUAUUAUUUAUAGAAAAUCUAGGUAUUAAUUGAUUGACCCUUAGUACAAGUUUGUUUUAUGUAGAACGAAAACGAAACGAGAGCGCGUUCGACGCUUUGAUUGGUCGGCACGAAUGAGCCAACCAAUCAGAGCGCCGAAUGUGCUCUCGUUUCGAUCUCGUUGAAGGUAAAACAAACUCGUACUAAACCCUCAGAAUGGAUCAACUCGAUGUGCGAUUCAAAAUGUCUAUACCUACUAAGUAAUCUGUUUUCUUUGAUUCACAUUAUACUUUGUGAUGAUUGGAUCUCGAUAUGUACCUUAUGUAUUGUUUUAAUGUGUGACUGUAUGUAACACAUAAUGUGAAAAUAAUUACGCUCUUAAUAGCCAAUACCCAGUAAGUAAAUAAUAAUUGUACCUUCUACCUAAUUGUAAUUUAACUACUUUUGUACAUUGUAAAUAUUUAUAAAUUAUCGUAAUAGUUAAUGAGAAUAAAAGGACAGAUUUUCGUUA